UCUGUUCGUUUCUUCUAUUCUUGUCAUUUUUUCGUGAUUUUCAUCGAUAUUCCGGUAGAACCAGUUCAUCAGGCUCGCGGCAAGUGUAACUAAUCGCGACGGCGAAGGACGGAAAGUACCAGGGAACAUUCCAUUUGAUGUCGGCCGUACGAGACACGAUAAUCUCGGGCAAUCAUAUGACUCCUCCGCACGUGACUUUAUUUACAGUUGACUGAUACUCGCGAACAUGUAUGGUGCAGUUCCUUGUGACAUGAUAGACCGAAAACGAAACAAAGUUUGCGAGCAAUGCGGUAGCUAUAAGCGGUCGUCGUUCGUUUAUGAUGCCUUUGUUUGAUAAGCUGUUCCCUUCGAGGAAGAGUUUGAAGAACAACGUGCAAACUAUUGUAACGUCGAAUGUCGGGACAGAGGAAGAUGAUAGGAACUCCGGUUUAUACGUUGGAACAGGUCAAGUUCGGAUCUUAUUGUUCCGAGAAUGUGAAUGGCGCGGAAGAAAGCUCCUAUUUGAUUCCCUUUCCUUGGAGAAAAGAUGGUGUAAAAAUAAAACAACCGCGUUCAAUCUAAAAAAUAACGCCGGCUCGACGAAUGCCGAUUCGAUUAACCGCGUGAGCUUUGAGCGAGAGAGAACAGCCGAAGAUGAUGUGAGUUUGUUGAGCGAAAUGGUGUUUGGUACAGUAGCGAUGACGUACAGGGGAUCCUCAUUUAAGAUCCAUUCAAUGAAUUCACCGCCAUGCAUCAUGUGCACAAAAGUUUUCCCUGCUACAGAGCACAACGUAUGCAAGCAGGGUGAGAGAGUCUCGGACGAAGGGUUGGGCCGUUCCGUGAAUUUAGAUUCUAAUUCCAGCAUGCGAACACUUUUAUCUCGACCAAGUUCCGGAAAUUUAUCGGGGUCUGAAUUGAAUGCUGGUCCUAGGAAAAAUUCCACUUGCUCCAGCACCAGUAGUGGGUGGGAUAUUGACAUACCACCCCCAACAGGGAGUUCACAAUCAUUGGAGAGUAAUGGAUCAUCUGGUAUCGGUAGCCUUUCAAGUUUGCGUCGAAGAUGGCUACGAGCGGUCUCUACUUCUUUAGCACGAUCAGAUUCCGAUGACACUUUCGGAAUGCAAUACUGGAACGAGGGCGAUAAUAAAGAUAGUCAUGCUAAACGUCAUAAAACGAGGCUCGGAUUAACAAUGUUAGUGCGAUUAGCCGAAGGCCACGAGAGCAGAAUAGAGGCUCGCCUCUUAGAGCACAUGGCUCUGUUAGAAGGAAUGUUGGAUCGUUUACGAUAUUUCUGUAUCGAGUCAAGCAGUCUUAAUGGUCAGGCUAAGGAAAUGCAGCUUCCGGAACGGCUGUACAGAACUUCUUCGAAACUCGUUGUUUCGUUACUGCGUUUACUUACAAAUGUUAACGCGGGUCUAAACUCGCGCACACCUUUACUAUGGCAUGAUGUGCUACUUAAUUCAACGAGAAUAGAGCAUAAAAUAAGUACGUUGCAUUAUAAUUUGCAACAAAUGUGUCAGUUAUUAGAUAGCCUUGAUACAAAAUCGACUAAUUUUUUUCUGAGUACUGUUGUAACUGCUGUUUUAACAUAUCAUCUUGGUUGGAUAUACACUACACUGCCUAUUCAAGAUCGACAAUUGAUGGAAAAAUUAGGUACGUGGUAUCCCUGCAAUCCAUUGUGGGCUCAAUUAGGCGACUUGUAUGGUGCAUUAAGUAAUCCUAUCAGGAUGGCACAUACGGUUAUUGCCGGUGAUCCUCAAAAAGUCGAUCUGAUUAAUUCUGUUUUAUCUUUUUUGUCAUACUUCAUUCGUAGUGGAAUAGUACAGAAACGACAAGAGUAUUGUUGUGUUACUGAAGAAGACAUUCAAGUGGCUGCAAAUAUUUUAGAGCAAGCGAGAAUAAAAUGUCCGCAUUUAUUCAGUACGAAAGUAACGUGUAACGAUCGAGAAACAUCGACAUCUCGACGUGUAUUACGUACAUGUACUCGAAAGAAAGUUCUUGUACAAGAGCAUCCAUAUGAUGCAGAAGGUGAUAACGCUAUCAUGCAACAUUCUUAUCCGCAGCACAAUGUUGAAAGGUUAAGAGUAGAAGGAUCUGUUAGCUCUCUUAAACAUAGCACCACAAUGGAAUCAAAUCUUGAUUCAUUCAUGUUCAAACCAUUGGAAUCUGAAAGAGACAUGAAAUUCAUCUUGAAAGAAUUUUCUCAUGACGAUGACGACAAUGAGAAAGGAACUAUCGACAAGAAGACCUGUACAUCGAGCAAAGUUAAAAUAGUAGUAAGCGAGUUUGCGUCGCAAGAUAUUGACAUGACCAAGACUGACAUGCAACAUUGCUCUGAAUUUUCAUUACGCAAUUUUGAAAAGAAGGUAGAGGAUGAUGACCUGGAAGAAGUAUUUACGAAUUCUAAGAUAGAUACUUUUCAAGAAUUCGACGAUACAAGUGUUCAUACAUUAAAAUUAUAUUCUACUAGACCAGAUUUUGAAACUCAUCAAGGUACAGUUAACGAGAUGAAGAAUUCACAUGUUUUCUUUACGCUUGGCGAUGAAGAAAAGUCGGUAAAGAAAACAUUAUCACGACCGCGGCUUGGAUACAAUUGUCAGUGUUCCUAUAUGUUUACAAGAGUACCAAGUACGUCAGCACAAUUACCGGAAGAUGUACUGAGAAAAAUUAUUCAAAGAAAUUUUCCUGAAUCGUCGAAAAGUAUUCAAUCACCACCAGGAGCACCUUCGAGGUCUUUGGGAUUUUGUCAAAGAUGUAACGGCCAAGGUUACGUACCUUCUCAAAAUUACGAUAGCUGCAAGCAAGUCUUGGAAACACCGACUAACGCAACAGAAGUUUUACGUACUUGUGGUAGUACAGUGGGUGAUGGAAACGUUGGAUUAUCUAGAUCAAAUAGUUUAGAAGCUUUGAUGGAAGCUAACAGUGUUGUCGAAUUACCUAUGCCACGAUCGAAAAAAAUGAAGACUGAUUCACACCAGGACAUAGGAUUUACAAGGACACUUUUGCAAAACAAAAUAAAGAGCGAAGAAUCACAUGGGUUAAAUAAUUCUGAAACAUCUUAUACAUGGGGUUUAGUUUUGCAAGGUUUGCCAAAAAAGAAAAAGAGAAGAAAAAAGAAAGUUGUCAAGCAGGGAGAUGAUAAGAAUGACUCUGAAAUAGACAAAGAAUGGUGGUACUGCAUACGUGAAGAAUGUCUCGCCAGUGUACGUUAUCCAACUAUUGAUCAACCAAUUGCUGAAUCACUUUGUAUUUUAGCGGAUUUAGAUACUUGGCAUGUUGGAAUCAUAUCCAAUAAUAUGCCUUUACAUACUGCGCCUUUACCGGUUGGAAUGUCAAGACUCGUCGCCAAUAUGCUAGAAAGCUUUGCUUAUUUAUGGCGGAAAUAUCAUUCAGUUUCACAAUGUAUAGGUAUACUAGAAGCAAAACUAAGAGAAAUGUGGCUGAAGAGUGAGGCAUUAGCUGAAAUGUUGAUGGCAACAGAAGUAUGUGAUGCCAGUAUAGAAAAUCUGACAAACACUCUAGACUUUGAUGCAGCAGAUAUACCACUUUUGCUCGCAGUUGCAACUUCCCACUCCCCAGAGAUAGCACAGAGAUUUGGUCUCACACUUACUUGACUGUAUCUCAUUAUUCUUAUCAUAAUUUUUACUGUGUAACAUAAAGUCGUUCUUUGUCUGAU